UGCCUACAAGAGGUUCAGUGAACUGCUGCCAAAGGAGGAGAGGGAGAAUGCCUGCUCCGUGCGGGUUCCCAAGAGCCAGAUCCUGAAGUUGCCUGAGCUGCGGGCAAACCCCUUCCAGCACCGGAUCUGCCAUGUGUUCUCCACCUCGGACAAUGGGGACGACAGCAUGUCCUUUGAAGACUUCCUCGAUAUGCUGAGCGUCUUCAGCGACUCGGCGAUCUUGGAAGUCAAAUCCCACUACGCCUUCCGCAUCUUUGACUUUGAUGAUGAUGGGAUUCUGGACAGAAAGGACCUUGAGAAACUGGUGAACUGUCUGACGGGGCAAGGCGAAGAUUCCCAGUUGAGCAACGCGGAGAUGGAGCAGCUCAUCCAAAACAUCCUGGAGGAGUCUGACAUCGACAAGGACGGCACCAUCAACCUCUCCGAGUUCCAGCUCGUUGUCUCCCGCUCCCCGGACUUUGCCAGCUCCUUCAAGAUCGUCCUGUGAGAGCCCUGUGGCUCCCCAGCAGAACUGCUCCUCCGGCUGCUGCA